AUGUUCGACUUUGACCUCACUGAUUACAGGAUAUUCUGGAUACUGGGUACCGUAGUUAUGGCUUUGCUGAUAAUAUUCGGCAACUCAAUGACAAUAUUGACCUUGUGGCUCAAUCGUAAAAAGUUCAGCGUAACCUCCAACCACCUAAUCCUCAGUCUCACCAUCUCAGACUUGCUCGUGGCUCCUGCGCUAAUUUAUAAUAUGAUAUUGCUCUUCAGUCCAGAGCUCGACAACAAGUUCUCGUGCGUACUUAGGUACGUAUUCCUAUCAAUGGCCUACACUUCGGGGUACUACAACAUAGUGGCAAUAGCCAUUGACCGGUACAUUUCGAUCAUUUAUCCACUCCAGUAUCCAGGAAUCGUGACCAACAAGUUAAUCUGUACAAUGAUAUCAGUCAUUUGGAGCGCAUCUUUCCUCAUAUCCACGGUACCUCUCUACUGGAACGCUUACACGCCCAUGGGUGGCUGUAAAUUGUGCACGGUCGUUCCUAGGGUAUACAUAAUGGCGAUUGUGAUACCUAAUUUGGUGGCAGUGUGGCUGGGUAUUUCGAUUCUUUACUGGCGAAUUUGGAGAGAAGCCAGGUCGUUCACGAAAAGACUGAGUAUACGGUCCAGAGGAAUGGGUCAGGUGUGCAACGCCACCAACAGGAAGAGUAAUCAGACGGUGCUUGCAAUCUUGGGCUGUUUCUCUUUCUGCUGUUUGCCGGUGAUGGUCAGUUUAUUCUUGUACGUGUUCCAACAAACCUCCACGCCUAGCGACAUCGCGUUUUGCGCGUCGUACUGGAUAGCGAUGUGCAGCAGCUGCGCCAACCCGUUCAUCUAUGCCUGGAAAAAGCCAACUUAUCGCAAAGUUUACACGAAAUUGAAGAAGCUGUUUCACAGAGUUCACGAUGCGGCGUCCAAGAAUGAUAUUGAGAAACAGGUGGGGCCGCCGAAAAAUGUGGCCGAGGGCCAGGUAUUUGACAAAUUAAGGACAAUAUCCGCUGUUGUCGACCAAAAGGCUUUCCAACAGGGCAGAUAUAACGUUUUAAAAAUUUGA